UCUCUUUCUCUCUCUCAUCGUCCAAUUUCUCCCCCUCUCUCUCUCUAAUUUUAUUAUUUCUUAAAUUAAAAAAGGAGAUCAAUAUAAAAAUUCAUCUCUGGUUAAAAUUAUUAUUUUUAAUCCGAUUACUUGAAAAUUACUGUUUCACAGCAGUAAUUAUUUUCAAAAUUUCCUUAUUGCUGACGUGGCAUGCAUCCAAUAAAAAACCGCCAUGAAUACCAAAACGAUGCGUCUCCCCCCACGCCGUGUGCUGACAUCAGAUAAACGAGUUAUCUCCGGCGCCGUCGCCGGUAAACCGACGGAAACCGCCGUGAAAAAUCCACCGCCGCCGCCGAUUAAAUCUAUCCUCAAGAAAGCUCCAACCGUCGCUCCACCAACAACCGCCGGCGCCGUCGUAGCCGAGCCGGCUGGUUCGAACCAGCUCCUCGCCGGUUAUUUGGCUCACGAGUUUCUCAACAAAGGCACACUCUUCGGAGAGCAAUGGAACCCGGCUCGAGCCCAAGCCGGCCCAUUUGCGGCCCAAUUUACUGAGUCGAGAAAGGCUAAGUCGAGCCAUGAUAUCGAGCCUAGUGACCACAAACGGAGGAGAUAUGUGGAGGUUGCUAACAUCCUCCGGGUAGAUGGGACCCACUUGCCCGGUAUCGUCAACCCUUCACAGCUUGUCCGAUCCCUUAAAUUGUGAUGCGAAAAUCCACGUGGAACCAGGUCAUUUGUCCGUCCACCGAAAAUCAAGACAGUCUAAAACACCGAAACAUUCCCUCUUCUCUCAAUUUUUUAUUUUUUUUCCUUUUUUGUAAAGCUGUUCUCUCUUCUCUCUCUAUCUUCAUCGUCUUCUUCAAAAUUGACUCAGAAAUGUUAGGGUUUUUGUUGGGAUUUGAUGUACUGCGUUUUGUAAAUCUGGUUAUGUUAUCGAUUAGCCAAGGGAUUGAAAAAAAUUUAACGCCGAUUUCAUCAUUUUGUGAAAUUUCUGGUUUAUCUUAGUACUGAAUUUCAUGAUGAAAAACAAAACAAAAAUUGAUCAAUGCAUAUUCAUUUUUUUGAUGGAAUC